AUGGUGAUGUGGCCGUUGAUUUCUUUCAUCGUUAUAAGGAAAGAUUUUCGGGAGUAUGCUGAUUUUGUUUUCCAAGAAUAUGGUGGAAAAGUGAAACAUUGGAUCACAUUUAACGAGCCAUGGGUUUAUUCUCACGCUGGUUAUGACAUAGGAAAGAAAGCACCAGGACGUUGCUCUCCUUACGUCAAUUCUAAAUGCCAAGACGGAAGAUCAGGAUAUGAGGCUUACCUCGUUAGUCAUAAACUCCUUAAUGCUCACGCAGAAGCCGUCGAUGCUUUUCGAAAAUGUGAAAAGAUCGGAAUCGCACAUAGUCCGAUUUGGUUCGAACCACAUGACUUUGAUGAUGCACAAGACGGUGCGUCCAUUGACCGUGCACUUGACUUUAUGAUGGGAUGGCAUUUGGACACUACUAUGUUUGGAGAUUACCCACAGAAAAUGAAAGACAUUGUUGGACACAGAUUGCCUAAAUUUACUACUGAGCAGAAAGCAAAGUUGAAAAAUUCGGCCGAUUUCCUUGGGCUCAACUACUAUACAUCCACGUUUUCAAACUAUUUGGAGAAGCCAGAUCCUUCUAAACCAAGAUUUCUUCAAGACUCUCUUAUCUCCUGGGAAACUAAGAAUGCGCAAAAUUUCACCAUCGGUAGCAAGCCUUUGACCGCUGCAUUGACCAUUUACUCGAGAGGAUUUAGAAGUCUUUUGAAGUACAUCAAGGAUAAAUAUGCAAACCCAGAAAUUAUGAUCAUGGAAAAUGGUAGCUACUAA